GCUUAUGUGGAAUAGAUUUGAAUAAAACUGGAAAAGAUUAUGUAGCAGAACCUAUAGGUUUAUUUCCAUCCAUUCUGUAUUUUAUAUUUGUCUUAUUUUAUCAGCUCAUAUAUUAUAAUGAUCAUAGAAUUUUAUUGGAAUACAACGCAGGAUUAUUGUCAAUAAUUUUUAUGACCUUCCUGGGUUUUAUAGAUGAUGUUUUGGAUUUGAAAUGGAGAUACAAAGUUAUUUUACCUUUUUUCGCUAGCUUACCAUUGCUCCUGUCUUAUUCAGGAGAAACUCAUAUCAGAAUUCCAAACUUUUUAAUUUUUAUAUUUAAGCAUAGAAUUAUAAAUAUAGGAUUUUUGUACUAUGUUUAUAUUAUAUUGUUAUCUGUGUUUUGUACAAAUGCUAUAAACAUAUAUGCAGGUAUUAAUGGGUUGGAGAUUGGUCAGAGCUUAAUUAUAUCCUUUUUCAUAACCAUCCACAAUUUAAUUGAAAUUACAUUAAACAUUGGAAAGUCUCGAAUUGUCGAAAAUUUAAUUUUAAAGCAACAUUUUUUGUCUAUAAUUUUUACCAUUCCCUUUUUAUCAAUAAAUUUGGCUACCUUUUCUUUUAAUUUUUAUCCUUCCAAAGGAUUUGUUGGAAAUACCUUAACAUAUUUUUGUGGAAUGUUUUUAGCCGUCGUGUCAAUAUUUGGACACUUUUCAAAAACUUUAGUAUUGUUUUUAAUUCCACAAUUUCUUAAUUUCUUUAUUUCUUUACCACAGUUAUUUCAUAUUAUUCCAUGCCCAAGACAUAGAUUACCAAUUAUAAAUUAUAAAACAAAUAAAUUAAUUUAUUCACAAAAUUAUACCUUAAUAAAUUUAAUUCUUUAUUUAUUAGGACCUUUAUCAGAAUAUCACUUGGUCCUUAUUUUAUUGGCCUUUCAAUUUUUAACAUGUUCCUUUGGGUUGUUUUUACGAUACUAUAUUGAUACAACAUGA